GGUAUGUCUGUUACACAACUGGGAACAGAUGGUGAGAAAUGGAGCGUGACGGCCUAUCUACGAGAGGAUACAACCCAAUCGGUGCCAGCACAGGGUCUCUCAUACAAUCCAAACGCCCAGCUACAGGGAACAACAACUGUCGUAUUUGUUGAUGGCUGGGCAAAUUUCACUGACCUUGUCAUUUCUGAAUCCGGCACAAUGUUUGCAAUUGACUUCAAUCUAACUACGCCUACUUCUGGCCGUAGACUUCAUAUCUCUUCACAGCCGCUUACCAUUCAACCCCGUAUGAUCAAACCAGUGGUAACCAUUCUAUCAACCACCAUCGUCGAAAAUAGCACCGUAGCAAUAGAUAUCGAGCUCUAUGAUAACUCCACUAACACACGGAUCUCGGAUGCAUCUUGGAGGGGUCAUAAUUGGACAGUAACCGUUGGACUUAACACGAAGGCUGUUCCUCUCGGCUCCAUGGAAGGAACUAAACAAGUGUUAUUUGAUAGUGUAAAUAGUAGGGCUGUAUUUGACGACCUCACCUUCACCAGCUACGGACUGUAUUUUCUAAAGUUCCACGUAGUAUCCUCUCCUGUCGAGUAUGAUUUUUAUGAGGAAGUAUCUAUCGCUGUCAACUCAUCGAUGACAGCGGAAAACUCUACAAGCAAACUCGUUGAAACAACAUUCAACGCAGCCUAUGAUGACGUCAUAAAAGACGACGUGACCGCUCUGCACUUCGGAACUGCUGUGACCAACACAUUUGCAAAAGAAAAUCCUGAAACACGCGUUGAUCUCGUCAGUGUAACGAGAGGGAGCAUCAUUGUCACUUUUACUGUGUCUGGAAAUCCCUCCGCCGUUGACUCAAUGAUACAGGGAGCGUGUACAAACACCACCAGCAUAGUGUUUAAUGGAGUAUCUGUACCACUGUCAGGAAAUCCCACGUUCAAUGGAAGUAACUGUAGCGCACUUAUCGACCUACCGACAACAGCCAGUACGUCGACUUCAACGUCAGCAACUACAUCGACGUCAACGUCAACAUCUACGUCGACGUCAAGUUCGACGUCGACAUCAACGUCAGCAACUACGUCGACGUCAAAGUCAACAUUUACGUCGACAUCAACGUCACCUUCCACGUCAACAACGUCACCUUCCACGUCAACAUCGACAUCAACGUCAACUUCCACGUCAACAUCGACAUCAGCAUCACCUUCAAUGUCUACAUUAACGUCGACUUCCACGGCUACGCCAACCUCAACAUCCACGACAUCGCCAUCUAUCCCGACUUCAUCAUCGGCGGCGACGACCGCUGAAACAAUGCCUUCAUCAGAAGGAAUGUCGACCUCGAUAUUGAUCGUCAUAAUUGUAGCUGUACUUGCGAUUCCGAUUGCGGCCAUUGUAGUGAUUGUCUUUAAAUGCAAUAAGGCGCGAAGCUACAGGAAUGGACGCAGGAUAUCACAUCCUUACCGCCAGAAUGUUGAUACCAUCUACACCGACAAAUUGGGCCAUCUAAAGGAGGAGAAAUACGCGUAUAUCACUGGACCAACUACUAGAUAUGUGCCAUCGGAGAGGAACGGGGGCCCCUCCUCGAGAAGUAGUACCCCUACAAUCUAUGUUCAGCGGUCUCCAAUGAUGAACACUCGUGGAAUCUACACUGAACCACUGUCUAGUUCAGGCACGCCAACGUCCCUUCAUCAUUCUGGCUCCAAUACAAGGGAACCUGUUGUGCUUGGUGUUUCCAAUGCAGGGUACCAGACGGAGCCUGUUGUUCUUUCAGACAAAAGUGGUAGGAGUACGCCAUCCUUUUACACUGGGCAUGGCAAAUGGAAAUAGGACAUUUUGAAUCGCAGGCUAAAACGACAAUCAGCUUACUUUCACCAGAGUUUCGCAAAUUUCACAAUCUCAGAGAUAUUUUAGCAAUGCAUAUUGCUUUUGCUAAUAAUUGUUCGGUGAAGAAGUUGAAAUGGUCGCAGUAACAUACAUAGAAAUGAUAAAAAAAACCUAUACAUUUGCCAUUAUUAUUAACUUUUUAUACACAGAGGGAAUUUUUCAUAAAGUAAGCUUCAUAUUUUAACAGAAAGAAAAAAAUAUAAAUAAUAUGGUCUUUGAAUUUAAAUGAACAUAAUGUUUUCCUGUGUGCUUAAUUUGGUAAAAACGUGAUUUAAUAUACAUAACAAAUCAUGCUAAACUAGGUUUGGGGAUUAAAACACGUAAGAAAAAGUCUGUAAUACAAUUUUGAUAACAUAAGACCAUAUGCUAAUUAUUUGUGGGUUUUCAAUUUACAUCUUGGUUAGAUAUAUUACAUGAAAUGUUAUCAGACUAAAUUUACCAUUGAAGAAAUUGUUUUUAAAUUCUUAGCAUCUUUAACUGAAACAUCGUUUUAUAUAAAAGAACUGAUCAAAGCAUUUGUAUGCAGGAUUGUAUAAAUAACCAAACAACAUCUGCAGGUAUAAAGCACAUGGGAUAACAUUUGUUUUCAUUGUAGAUAUCAUGCAUUUAACAUAUCUUAUCAUAAAUGAAUAACAACUUCUGAAAGAUGUUCUUAAAAUGUUUUCAUCCGCUGUUCCUUAAUCUACUGUUACAUCAGUGACUAAUGGUAUACAUAUUUUUUUUUGAUAUCCGGUGUUUCUUUCGAAUUGUUAAUUGUCAGGGAGACACAUUUUGUAAAGCUGUAUUACCUAAAUUCCGGAAUGGCGUGACUGUUAAGACUUUAUUUUAACAGGAAUGCACAUCCUAAAUACCAAAAUACCAAAAUAAAACAAAAAUAAAAAUCGUUUUUAAAAUCGUUGCCUAAUUCUUAUUAAGAAACUUAGUUUAAUAAUAAAAAAAUAACCUCGACUGACACUGUUGUUGUUUGGCAAACACACCAAAGUAUACAAAUGAGGCCACACUCUUGAAAUUCAUGUUUAAAGUUUUUGAUUGCAUAAAACGGGAAAAUUGAAUAAUGAAUAAAAUUGUAUUUUCAAUAACAUAAAUAAACGAUUCUUAUAUAGAUAAAUUAUGUAGAAUUAAUUGUCAAAAAAACAUAAAAUCAUAAAAGAACAUUUGUAAUUAUAUUUACUAACUUGAAGCAUAUUACGUAGUAGUUUGCGAUUAUUAUGAAAAGGCUUUAUUCUGAUUUACAACUGAAAGCAGAGUUUUUAACCGAAGGGACAGUUUUCUGAGUAUAUAAGUUCUCUUUCUUGAUUCACUAGAUCUGCAUGGCCGCUCCGAAGCAGGCGAUAUCUGUUGUAUGCUUGUAAGCAUUGUCAGUCACGAUAUUUAUUUGAUCACCAACUGUGCAUGUAUUUAUCAGAGUCCACGAUUAACUAUACAAAAUAUAUUCAACCGAUAUACGACUAAAAUCCGCAGUUGGGCCUUAAUGGCUUGUAAGCACGAAAAUAACAUUUUAAUGUAAAAACGAUAAUUAUUGUAUUUUGUGCCAUGAUAAUAAUAUAAUAUGGAUAUAAUUACGCUAUAAGCGAUGAGGGUUUAUAAUGUUGGGAAUGUUAUACAUAACUUAUUACUUAUGUUUAAUAAACCAUUUUAAACGUAGGAAAUAUAAAUAUUUUAUGCUUUAAACGUCAAUCCAAGGUAUCAAAGUUGAAAAUUAUAGAAAAUUAAAAUGCAUAGUUUCUUUGCAACCAUUCGUUAUUUUCUGAUAAAUUAAUGCAACAACAAAUGUUUGAUUUUUUUUAAUUCAGCCAUUUUUUUAUAUGCAUGUAACCAAAACACUCUGUUGUUUAGUAAUCACUUAUUGCUAAAUUAUACAAAUUCUGGUUAAUUCAUCGUAGACAAUUUUGUUUUCAAAAGUCAAUCCAUGGCCUCAAUGUUGAAAAUUUUAGAAGAUUUUAAUUUUUUAUU